CGCAGCCUUACACGCAGCCCGUUACGUCGACAGCUGGCGUGUGUAUGUACGACAGCCGGUUCUGCUGCCGUGCGUGGCGCUGGCGUUGUUGUACAUGACAGUUCUGAGUCUGGGAUUCCUGAUGACGUCGUAUCUGAAGUGGAGCGGCAUGAGCGAGGCGGAGGUGUCGGGCUACCGAGGAGUGGGGGCGCUAACGGGGCUGGCGGCCACAGCCAUCUUUCCGCCGCUGUCGAAGCGGGCGGGGCUGGCGUUUUGCGCCGUUGCUGGGGUGACGUACCAGCUGGCCUGUCUGGCUGCCGGAGUACUGCCGACGGUGGUUGCUGCUGCUGCUGCUGCUGCUGCUGCCGGGAACAGGGGUGGCGGUGAACAGGGCAAUAAGCCGGCAGUGGGGCAAGUGCGUGUGCUGGUGGCGGGCCUCGUGACGUCACGCACGGGGCUGUGGCUGUACGACCUAGCGGUGACUCAGCUCAUUCAGGAAGAUGUACGGCAGGAUCUGUUAGGCAAUGUGUACGGCGUGCAGAGCAGCCUGCAAGCGACCUUCGAGAUGCUCUCCUUCGUGGCUGGGCUGGCGGUGUCGAAUCCGGCUGCCUUCCACUGGCUGAUGCUGGGGUCGCUGGGCAGCGUGGCGGUGGCGGCGGGGCUGGUCUGGAGCUACG